ACUUCCGGAUCGGUCGCGUGUUGAUGACGCCAUGAGCCUCCGCGUUUCUCCGCUUGUUUUGUAACUAACCGGAACGUUCAUCACGAUCCUAGAACAAUGAGCAAGAAAGGAAACGUGUCGUGGGUAAAACCGAGCGAGCCGUCGUUCCUGCGCAAAUUCAAGAAUGAUAUUGGCUACAAAGAAGGACCAACGGUUGAAACAAAGAGACAGGAACUGCCCCAGUGUGAUGGGGACAGCGGUGACAGUGACCAAGAGGACGAAAUGCCCCAAGUGGUGGUGUUAAAAAAGGGGGACCUCACCGCUGAAGAGGCUCUGCAACUCAAGAAAGGCGUAAAUGACUCCAAUAAAGAUGAGCAGCCUCCUGCUGAUGGAAAAAUCCUAUUUAAGAAGCCAGCGAAACGUUCCUCAGACAAAUUUGAAGGCAUCACCGCUAGCUCCAACAGCAAGAAGAAGAAAGAAAAUGAGGAUAAAAAGGAGUCUGGAGUGAAGGUGAAAAACAGUAGCCUCUUGUCUUUUGAUGAUGAAGAGGAGGAAGACUGAGGCAUGACCUUCUUAAGCAACUGAACUGGAUAUUAGAACCCCACACACAGAGGUUUAGAGUUUUUUUUUUUUUGUAAUAAUUUGAAAUGUUUUCAUGUAAGAAAUGUUUUAAUGGUCAUGUUUGAACGAUUCUGACAUCUGCAGGAACAUUUCAAUAUUAAUGAGUAAAAAUACCUUCUGUCCUACACGUCACAACAGCAAUAUUUACAGUUUAAGUAGAAAAUAUUUUCCUGCUCUUAUUUAAAGCCCAAUGUACCAUGUCUUUUCCUACCCAGAUGUUUUGCACACUUUGUGGAAAUGACAUUAGGCAGCUAUGUAUUAUAGCAUUGUUUAAAACCAUCCGUUUAAAGCAAAGUGUGAAACGUAAUAUUUGUUGGGUAUCAGCUGAAGUUACUGUAUUUUUUUUUUUGUAGUAGAUAAAUGAUUCUGCUAAAAGCAGAAUGUGUGUCCAUACGUCUAAGCUUCUAUAAAGGAGCUUUUUUAAUAAAUAAAUGUAAUUUUUUUUUUCUCAAGGAUUGAGAUUCGGGAAUAUAACUCUUCAUUAUGGUUUAUAUACAGUAAAUGUAAAAACAAAUAAAAAAUAAUGAUUUCA